AUGUUUGGACGCUUGCCAGAAUCUGCUCCAUACAACCCUGAACCCAUUGAAACCAUCCUCCAAGAUGUUCAAGCUCACAUUGUCCCUGGCCUACCACAUUGGCAAAGCCCUAACCACUUUGCCUACUUCCCUGCAACUAUCAGCACCGCAGGGUUCCUCGGCGAAAUGCUCACCACUGGUUUCAAUGUUGUGGGGUUCAAUUGGAUUGCAUCCCCAGCUGCAACUGGGCUUGAAACCAUUGUCAUGGAUUGGCUUGGAGAUAUGCUCAAACUUCCCAACUCUUUCCUCUUCUCUGGCAACAGGGGCGGUGUGUUGCAAGGCACUACUUGUGAGGCCAUUGUUUGUACCAUGGCAGCCGCUAGGGAUAAAAUGCUAAGCCAAAUUGGUAGAGAGAAUAUUGGGAAGCUAGUUGUGUAUGGAUCAGAUCAAACACAUAGCACGCUUCAAAAAGCCUCCCAAAUUGUUGGGAUUCACCCAAAGAAUUUCAGGGCCAUAGAGACCACAAAAUCAACAUCAUUUGCACUUUCACCUGAGGUGCUAAAGUCGAUUGUUUGUUCAGACAUAGAACUUGGGCUUGCUCCAUUGUUUCUUUGUGCCACAAUUGGAACAACUGCAGUAACAGUCGUUGAUCCAUUGGGGCCACUUUGCGACGUGGCAAAAGAACACAGCAUGUGGGUUCAUGUGGACGCUGCAUAUACUGGAAGUGCCUGA